GGCAACUGAGCAUUGAGAAGCGUGAUGCAUGGAGGGAGUGCACAGCGUACCCCAGACUGGAGUAGUUGAUGAAGACGAUGACGAUGUCGAGCCCUUUGAGGAACCCGAACACACAGACGGAGCUGUCGCUCAGGGAGAACUGUCAGACGGAGCGGACGUGGACGAGGCCGCGGCGCCUGAAGUUGACGUGAAGCUCGAUGGUGCUUCAGAGGUAGCCUGUGCUCUAGCUGCGAUGAUGUCCGCUGUGGGCGGCCUGCAGAAGUCGUUUCACCCCCCGCAGGCUGUCCUGCAAGAACCUGGCCAAAGAUGCCAGGGCAGAGAGGUCGAAGCCGAGGCCGAAGCCCAGGCCGAAGCCCAGGCCGAGGCCGAAGCCAAGGAGCAAGAGAAGGUCCAGGUGUUCGAAGUGGAUCAGCCGGGUGGCCUUGCCGAUAUCCUCGCGGGGCUCAAAGUGGCCAUGAACAACAUGCAGACACAGGAUCAGCUGUGUGCGGACGAGAGAACUCAGCAAGAUGUGCCGAUAGAGGAGCUUGAGGACCGUUUGCUGCUGCAGAAAGUGCUGCUGAAGCAGCUCCGAGCAGACUAUGAGGCGAGGCUGGAGCGCAGCAACAGCAUGCAGAAGGCCCUCGAUGAGUUGGGCACAGAUCCCCGAGAGAUGCAGGUCAAAGUUGUGCGCGCCAAAGAUGCUGCUGCCAACCUGUGCAAAGCUGGGGACCAGGCUGCCAUGCGGGCAGAGGACUUCCUUGGACGCGGCCACCGUUUGUAUGAGAGUAGACGCAAGAGCCACGAGGUUGCUGUGCAGCUUGCCAAGGAAAGCGAAGAGGAUCUUGCGGCGUUGAGGCGCUCGCGCGGGCACGUCUCAGAGGAGGUCGCAGCAGAGGUCUUAAAGGAGCAGCAGCGGCGCAUCGAGCUGAUGCGCCAGGAUGCAAAAGCGCAGGACGAGAAGCUGCUGGCGCUGGGGGCAGACCUGCGGAGCGUGCUGGACUUCAUGGUUCGGGUCAACAUAGACUCUCGAGGUGGUCCAUCAAGGCGGUUAGCCGCGGAGCUUGCGCCAGAGUUGCGGCAGUUGGGGCUCACCGAGGUGGGCAAGGCACAACUGGCUGAGUUGCUCAAGAAGUACGAGGUAUACCUGGAGAGGUAUAGCCAGGACUCAACCCCCGGCCUGCUGGAAUCCGCCGUUCAGGCGUCGGCUCCCGCUGCCGCACUCUCGGCUGCGCAAAUGCAGAGGCGCCCUCCGCCACCCUUGCCCAACCACGAGACGAGAAGCGCUUCCUUCUCACAGGAGCGGCAGCUUCUUCGUUCGCGGCUUGUGGAGGAGAUGCACAAGGUGGCUGCAGUGCUUGCCAAUGACGCUACGAUGCCAAGAGGGGAGGCUCAGGCUUGCCAACAUGAAGAGAUGCUUCGAGCUGCUGCCUGGGGCGAGCUGCGCACGUUGCAGGAGAUCUUGCGGCAAAAGCCCGCGUACAACGAGAGGCUGUGCGGCUGGACGGCUUGGCACUCUGCAGCAGCUCAUGGCCAGGAGAAGGUCAUGGCCUUCCUGGCCAAAGAGGCGCCAGAGGCCGUAGACGCUGCCGCCAAAUGUGGUCUACCAGCACUGGGCAUUGCUUGCUUGAGGGGCCACGUCGAGUCUGCAAGGUGUCUAGUGCGUGCCCGCUGCUGCCUUGAGCGCUUGGACAUACGGGGCAACGGGCCGCUACACUGGGCAGCAGCCAGCUACAGCGAUCAAGUUGCUCAAGACCUCGCAGAGCUGCUGCUACAGGCCGGUGCAGAUCCUUUUGCUUGCAACGGCAGCGGGCAACUGCCUGACAUUGCCGGCCUUCAGGACUUGGCUCUUGUGACACAGACAUCACCGAAGCCAGCACUGCCUCAGGGUCACUCCUCGGGAGGGGCGGCGCUUGCCGUGCGCCAGCAACCGAAGAGGAAAGCCUCCAGGCCACCUUCGCUUGCAGACACUCCAGGAACUGCAGAUGGAGAGGUAAUUCCAAACUUCUCCUACAUCCGUGUUGAGAAGGCGAAUGUUGGCAGCGGUCUGCUCUCCACCUUGAGCAUGCUGAAGCCACCAGUGCGGGACCGAGCAGGCAUCAUGCGAACGGCGGAGGCUCGACGAUUGGUGCAUUUGAGUCCCGAGGAGGUACCUCUCGUGCCUGGUGCCCAGGAGGACUUCGGCUUGUGGUCAGACUGGGUGACCAAUUUCACCCACGCUGGCUUGGAGCACGCUGUCUCCACUGAUGAGCCACCCUCGUGUGAUCCCACCAACGCGCAGCGCAAUACGCAGGCGCUGGUAUUGACUUCUGAGCGGCUGAUCUUCCUGCGCUGCACUAGUCGUGCUGCAGUCACGUCUGGCUGGUCAGUGGCACAAGGUGUGCCGCUCGCAGUGAUCCGGCAGUUGAUUUUGCCACGUCGCAGUGACACACUGCUGCUUUUGCGGCUUCGUGAUGCCUCGGAUGAGUUGCUCAACUUCCCAUCGCGGGAUGCAUUUCUGGAGGAGCUUUGGCAAGCCAUGGUCAGGGCAGGGUGGCCGGGCAGGCACGUGGGAGAAAACGACAACUUGGAUGAGGCGCCGAAGGAUUUUGUGGUGGUCGAUCCAGAUCCAGUCAUCCCGCUGCUGGACCUCUCCGACGAGAGAGAGGCUGCCAAGGGCACACUCGCGUUCCUCCAGGCCGACCUCAUCGCGCUGCUACCCCGCUGCAAAGAGUCUUUGCUGCUUACUGCGGAGACGGCUCGCUUCGGUUUCCUGGAACUGCAACGGCGCACGCAGCCGAAGCAAGCAGGGGCAGGGGUGUGCUGGCAAUGGCAGAAAUUCUUCUUCUUGCUCAAGGCCAGGCCCCCAUGUCUUGACUCGGCUGGAUUUAGGCUCUUAAAUCUGUGAAAGCCUUGGCAACUGAAAGGAGAAUGAUCAAAGAGGAAGGUUCUUGAGGUGGGAGGCCAAUGCAUUGAAUUCUGACUGUACCAGUCGCUCCGAUGUAUCCUCCUUUUUCUCUGAAGCUCAUUUGACACGGGAGAGCAUCCA